UAUACAUAUAUUUAUAUAUAUAUAGACAGUUGAAAUUUGCCCUGGUUUUUAUCCUGUAUAGGUGAAUUAAUGGUGCUAUUAGUAUCUAUAGUACCCAUCGUGUACACAGUACACUAUUUUUCUUCCAAAUUAGUGAUACCUUGGGUAAAAACUAUAAAAACAAGUUGCACCUUGAUGAGACACCUAGAUAAGAAGUGAUAUAGAUGCCCUACUGGCCGACCUCCAGAGCACCGUUUCGGGCACAACGGGGGCCGGCUCCCACGGCUCCCAUGGCUCCCACUAUUCCUCCGGGUACGCCCAAAGGGCUCCUGUUAGACAUUCUCCGGACCUCGAAGGUCAGAUCUCCAAAUCCGACAGCUAUGGAGUGAAAUCGGGCAACUACGGAAAGUCGACUUCCGACAGUCGCGUCAGUCCCACUUUUGGACCCCACAGUGCUGGACAGUCCGCCAUGGAGAAGACGGAGAAGAGGUCGUUCAACAACAAUCUGGACGAGUUGGACUCCCUGCUUCUGGACCUGAGCAGCAGAUACAAUACGCCAACACCUUCAGAUAAUAUGAAUGGAAGUGGCAUCUAUCAUAACGGUUCUUCUGGUGGUAGGAGUCCAGCAAGCUAUUCCUAUUCAAGGCCAACUAGUGCCCAAAGUACUUCGAAUAGGCCUUCAGUCGACAGCUUGUUAGAAGAACUCAGUUCCACUGGGGAUGUGAUAUAUACAGGGCCUAAAAAGGUUGUCAUAACCGUUAAGGAAACGAAAACGGAAACAGGUUUUCCUGGUGAAACCGAGUUGAUUUCUUCCCAUGUGACAACCACGCAGGUUCCAGCAGCUUCUACAGCUACGAGGGAACUCGAUGACCUCAUGGCCAGCCUGUCGAAUGCGAAGGUUAACCCGGGGCUCCAGCAUCACACGGUCUCUGACUCGCAAUACGCGCGUCCCAUCAAGGCUACCCAGUCCCAGACAGCCCCCAAAAAGGACCUAGAUUCCAUGCUAGGCAACCUACAAGCCGACAUGAGCCGACAAGGAGUCAACACCAGCCAGAAGGGCUGCUGCAACGCCUGCGACAAGCCCAUCGUGGGUCAAGUGAUCACUGCCCUGGGCAAAACCUGGCAUCCGGAGCACUUCACCUGCGCCCACUGCAGCCAGGAACUCGGCACCAGGAACUUCUUCGAGCGGGAAGGCAAACCCUACUGCGAGCCAGACUACCACAAUUUGUUCAGCCCGAGAUGCGCCUACUGCAACGGACCUAUCCUCGACAAAUGCGUGACGGCUCUGGAGAAGACCUGGCACAUGGACCACUUUUUCUGCGCUCAGUGCGGGAAGCAGUUCGGAGAAGAUGGCUUCCAUGAGCGCGAAGGGAAGCCGUAUUGUCGGGACGACUAUUUCGAUAUGUUUGCCCCCAAGUGUGGGGCUUGCAAUCGUGCCAUAAUGGAGAAUUACAUCUCCGCGCUGAAUUCGCAAUGGCAUCCUGAUUGUUUCGUCUGCAGGGACUGCAAGUUGCCGGUGCAAGGAAAGUCUUUCUAUGCGGUGGAGGGUAAACCAGUUUGCCCGGGAUGUAUCGGAGCUGAUGAGGAAGAGGACGAAUGAUAUGCCCUUGAGAAUGACCCCUUAUAUGCCCCUUCUUUCAUGCUAAAAACCGCCCGAUAUGCCCCUUCUCGAUUUGAACUGUCACCUCCCCCAAUGCUACAACUAUUGUAUAAAAUUUAUAUAUUAUUUUAAUAAAGAUUGUUGAAAUAAAUGAAUAAAAAAAAGGAAAAAAAAAAUAGAAAGAACGAAGAAACCACAAGCCACAAUCACAUACGCCGAGACUUGUUCUCUUUCGGGCCUGUUUUUUGUGAUGAAUGGGUUCAGUCUUGACUGAAAUUGUUUUAUUUCGGAACGGCGAGUUAUUUUAAGAAAAUGUCUAGGUACAAGUAAAUAUUACACGCCGCUGUGAAUGUUGCGCUUGUGGUUUCUUUCUCGUACGAAAAUAAAGAAAAUAGAGAUGAAAGAAAGUGAUUGAAGCGUGGCGUUACGGCAUACGUCGUAUUAAGCCCACGCG